UAGUGAUUCGUGGAAAAGUAAUCAGCAAACAGUUUAUCAAAGCAAAUAAUAAUCGUGAAGCUGAAGGUGAAUUCAGAUAUGGUAUCACACUGAUCGAGAUGUUUAAAGGCUUUGACAAGAUGAAACACAUUAAUAGUGUGUACACCUCUUCUCAGUCUUCUAUGUGUGGCAUUGAGUUAGACUUCUUGAACCAAGUGGAAUAUUUACUAUCAGGCUACUUACAGGGAAACAAAGCCACCAUCAAUCUAUGUGGCCUUUCUAUACGUUGGGAAGGAUGUGUCAGCAUUCCAAAUAAAGGGACUCAGAGGCUUAUAUAAAAUGGGAUGUAACUGUAAGAUUACAUAUUGUUUUGCAAACUCUUGUGAUAAAAGUGCACCAAAUGAAUGCCUUUUGGAAAACUGGACAUAUACACAGGCUUCAGGUGGAUAUGAAUCACAGAACCUUGCAUGUAUCCAACGGAAAGAUGGCUCCUGCAUUUGGUAUCCUCGUUCACCUUUCUAUGGAAAUCAUCCUUAG